AUGAAUCUUCUUUUCUUUGCUGGAAUCUCUCUUUGGAGUCAUGCAUCUGCUCGCUCCAGUGCCUCGGCCGUCCAAACAGGCUCGAUUAGCACACCUACUGGCACUAUCGAGAUCACCAAGGAAGAACAGUGCGCAUGCAGAGAGCUUCUGGGGUCUUUUGCAAGGAAUGUGAUUCUCCCAGGGCAAGCCAAUUACACGGAACAGACUACAGAUUACUAUUGGGAUGUUCGAGCGGAUCUGUCCCCGGCAUGCGUCUUUGUGCCUGAGACGGCUGAUGCAGUGGCCAGUGCCAUUGAAAUCUUUAGCUCGUGCAAUGCCCAGUUUGCAGUCCGCGGUGGUGGCCAUAUGAACUAUCCGGGAUCAAACAAUAUCGACGGUGGAGUUCUCGUGGCCUUGGGCAACCUGAAUUCAUUCACUGUGAAUGAGGACUCGAUCGACGUGGGUCCCGGCCUGACCUGGUACGAUGUAUACACAGCCCUAGAACCCCACGGACGUGUCGCCAUUGGCGGCCGAAUGAAAACAAUCGGCGUUCCUGGCCUGACUCUAAUCGGGGGCUUCCACUAUUUCAACAACAAGUACGGAUACGCGAUGGACAACGUCAUCAGCUACGAUGUUGUUCUUGGCAAUGGCACACAAGUCACUGCUGCAAAGGACUCACAUCCCGAUCUGUUCUGGGCACUCAAGGGCGGUGCCAAUAACUACGGCGUUGUUACCAAGUUUACUCUGAAGACCUACAAUGUCCCCAAAGUUACUAGUACCAUCCAGAUAUUCAACGAGAGUGCCUUCCCCCAGUUCUUCGAUGCUAUGUGCAAAUCUGCCGUGGUGGACGAGGAAGAUCCCACCGCGGCGGGCAUGAUCGCAACGAUCUCCUAUAAUGUGACUACGAAAGUGGCGUCGGCCUCGCUUCUUGGGGUUCAGGAGGGCGUUAGCAUGCCGCCAUCCAAGUUUGCCGAUUUCUUUAGCAUUCCUGCCACAAUGCGGAUGAACAACGUCACCACAAUGGGCAAGUGGUCUUCGAAGCUUGACUCGCCGAAGCAAAUGUUCCGUGUCAUGUUUUCUCACAAGACCAUGAAGCCCGACUCCGAUACCAUCCUCUCCAUAUACAAAGCAUGGAAGGCUGCCGUUGAGCAAAUCUCCGAUGUCGAAGGCCUGUACCCGACUUUCGUGCUCAACGAGAUUACUCCCUCCUCGCUGCGGGUUGCCAACACCAACGGCAUUGGCAAUGUCUGGGGUCUUCAAGCAGAGCCCUUGAUGAUUUGGCAAUUCAGCACGGGAUGGGCUCUCGCCCAGGACGAUCGCCGCGUGGAAGCUUGGUCUCAGCAGCUGACCGAGCACCUCCACGCCAUCAAUCAGGAGAAGGGCAUCGCAUCGGAGUUUGUCUACAUGGGUGAUGCUGGUGACUGGCAAGAUCCUUUUGCAGGGUUUCCCGCGGAGAACGUCAACCGUAUGCGCGAAAUCCGGGCGGCUUAUGACCCGAACAAGGUGUUUUCUCGUUUGAACUGGGGUGGCUUUAAACUGGGCAUGUGA